CGCUUGGCCUGUUCCUAGUGUCAACAAAUCAGUUGUGCCUCAUUGCCGCAAAAAGUUUUUCCAAAUGAAAUUCAGCCCAAAAGACAAAUUUCAAGCUUACUUUUAACAAUAUUAUGAAACAUCAGAUACCUCAAGGGCAACUUUUGUUGCCCAAUUUCCCCGUUUUGUUCAAAUGUGUUUGUUUUGAUGACUCUCCCGUAGCUUAAAUUAAAUUAAAUUAGAUUAGAUUAGGCAUCUGGGCGGUAUUUAGAGGCGCCACCUCGGGAAAGCCACACUAGCGGAACAGUCCAACGGGACAUCAUGUCGAUGUAUAGCGUGUUCCUGGGUCUGAAUACUUGGGGGGUGCUCCUUUUAGGUCUAGCCCUUUUCCUCCUAUGGGCCACCUUUGGCAAAAAGGAGCCGGCAAAUUUCCCACCCGGGCCGCUCGCCCUGCCUCUCGUCGGAAGCGUUUUCAAUAUUGCUGUCAAGCAGCCUCACGUGUAUCUGACGCAGUUGGCCGACACUUACGGGAACGUGUUCUGCAUCAGUGUGGGAGAAGAGAAGACGCUGUUUGUGUGUGGAUGGAAGAUGGUGAAGGAAGUCCUCGUGACGCAGGCUGACAAAUUUGUAGACCGACCCUACCAGGCCAUGUUUGCCAGACUGUACAAUCGACACACAGGAGGGCUUUUGUGCAGCAACGGCAAGACGUGGAGGAGGCAGCGUCACUUCGCCAUGGGCACCCUACGCACCUUCGGCCUGGCUAACGGCAUCACGGAGAGGACCAUCAACGAGGAGAGCCAACACCUAUGCCAGGCCUUGGAAAAACACCAAGGUGAACUAUUUGAUCCCGCCUCCGAGUUGAACAGCGCAGUGGAAAACAUCAUUUCUCAGGUGGCUUUUGGGAAGAGGUUUGACUACAGUGACCCAAACCUAAAGCAGCUGCACGCCACCAUGGCAGAGAUGGUCUAUCUGCAAGGUUCCGUGUGGGCCCAGCUCUACAAUGCCUUCCCGGCAGUGAUGAAGCGAUUGCCUGGGCCCCACAACAGAAUCUUCAGCAACUUCCAAGCCGUAGGGAAGUUCAUCAAAACCCAGAUGCAAAUCCACAAGUUGGAGUUUGACCCCAGCAACCCACGAGAUUACAUCGAUGCCUUCCUGGUGGAAAGCAAAGACAAAGCUAACAGUGAGCUGGGUUUCACAGAAGAAAAUCUGGUUCUGUGCUGUCUGGAUCUGUUCCUUGCCGGAACGGAAACUUCCUUCAGGACACUGCAAUGGGGACUUCUCUUCCUCAUCCAGAGCCCUGAAAUCCAGGACAAAGUCCAGGCGGAGAUCGAGCGAGUGAUUGGGCCGAGCCGCCUCCCCAAGAUGGCCGACAGAGCCCACAUGCCCUACACUAACGCGGUCAUCCAUGAGAUCCAGAGAAUGGCCAACAUCAUUCCUCUCAACGGAGGGAGAGUGGCCUCGACAAACCUGAAACUGGGGGACUAUGUCAUCCCCAAGGGCACCACCGUGUUGCCCAUCUUGACAUCGGUGCUGUUUGACAAGAACGAAUGGGAAACUCCACAUACAUUCAACCCUGGACACUUCCUGGAUUCUGAUGGCAAUUUUGCGAAGAGGAAUGCAUUCGUAGCUUUCUCCGGAGGCAAACGUGCAUGUCUAGGUGAAGGCCUAGCCAAAAUGGAGCUGUUCUUGUUCCUCGUGGCUAUGCUGCAGAAGUUCACGUUCUCCGUGCCUGAAGGAGUCGAGCUAAGCUCCGAGGGAAUCGUUGGAGUGACGCGCUCGCCGCACCCCUUCAAAGUCUUCGCUACAGCCCGCUGAGGGUCGAACACACUCAUUUUAUUUCUUCUUAAAUGGAACUUGAUGCAGGCAAAGGUGCUUUUCAUCCAUUUAGCUAUCCUAGACUUAUUUAAACUGCUAUAUAUAAUUAUUCAGGUUUAUAACAGCUCGAUGUUUGUGAAAUUAGACAUUUAUUUUCAUAAAAGACACUCGACAUACACACAAUAAAUUACAUUUGCGGACGCAUCCCGUUUGCAAUUGUUAAGCACAUUCCGAGGGCUGCGUUCAGAAGAGGUUUCACAUAGAUUCAGCGACUUCAAGCGGGAAGGCUUCACAAUACAUUUUGAGGCAGCUUACAUGAAUAAUAUUUCACGCUUUGCAAUGAUCGUAACGUUUUCACAAGUGAAAUGUGGUCAAUCAUUGCGUCAUACAUUUUUGCAUGGCCCCACAAUAAAACCUAAAAUGGUCUCUGGUAGAAAAAUGGCAGCUAAGCUCUAAUCAGCCACUGCACUAUUUAAUCGGGUGAUUGUCAAAGUGAGCUAUCUAGUACCACCACCUUUUUAGUACAACACAUUUGCAAUUAAUCUUUCACCAACUGGUUGUUUUUUAUCCUUUCUAAAGCUCCUCAAAUUUCUUCAACCUAAUUUCUUGGCACCCUGAAGAUGCCAAAGUAAUACUUUUAUAUUAAAAUACAAUUGAAUUAGACCAAGACAUUAUACGGGAAAUUAAAGCAGUGCUUUGUCGCCGCCUUGUGGUCUCAAUUGGAAAAUACAAACUGUCACUCUACUGUUCAAUUAAUUUAGUGAUUCUAUGACGAGCCUCGCUUUGAGAAUCGCCACACAUGACACAUGGCACUGACAUGUGACACGCAUGAUUUGUGAAGUGGAAAAAUGCAGAGCGAGGUGAAAAGCAGUCACUCGUAUAGUAGUUCAUAAAAAGCCUGGUGCUCACUGUCGAUGAAGGAGUGCAGCGCCGACAGCAUGGAACCUUCCGGACCCCCGAAGGUGGUGUACUGUAGCUCCUCGGGGGUGGGAGUGGGCGGGGCCAGGCGUGCGGGUUGCAGAGAGGUCACGGGGGCAGCGGACGUGUGGUUGGGGCUCACGUGCUUCUUGUGGCGUGCUCGGCAGUUCUGGAACCACACCUGCACAAUCCAGUUUGUCUUUAUAUGCACAGUAAUGAUCCUAUUUAUAUUCAUAAACAGAAGUUUUAUUAUUAUUAUGCUUAUUUUUGUUUGUGUUAUGUUUGCUUGAACCUGUAUGACUCUUCGACUGAGGCCCGUCUGCUCGGCCAGUUUCUGCAGCGUCUGAGCAUCCGGGUUGUUGUCCUGGGCAAACUGCGCCUGCAUCACCUGCAUUUGUAAAAAAUGGGGUUAAAUAAUAGAACAAUACAUCACAAUCUGUAAUAAACACAUACAGAAAAUA